AUGAAAUCUCUCUCUCACACACACACAGAGUGUUCUGGAUAAAAUAUAAAAAUUAACCCACAUCCAAAGUCAAACAUCUACCAGAAAAAAAAACUAGGGACAACCGUCCCAUUCAACAAGCCAUAGCCGCCCUUCUUUUCUCUCUCCUCCAACCCAAGCUCAUAAAGCACACAGCAAUCUCCUCACACAAGAAUAUGCAACCGGAAGAUGUUCCCCCUCUUCCUCUUCCUAUUCCUCUUCUCUCUCCUCCACCCAACAUCAGCCCAGCGCCAAUUCUCCUCUUUCUCUCUCCAAAAUUCUCCAUGGCGCCCUGUCCAAAACCUGACCCUCGUCUCCCCUAACCUCACCUUUGCAGCAGGCUUCCUACCAUAUCAAUCGUCUUAUAUCUUUGCCAUAUGGUUCCGCCACACCCCAGGCCCAACAGUCACCUGGUCUCUCCCCCGUCUUAGCCGAUCCUCCUCGCUUUCUCUCUCUAGCUCCGGCCUCUUAUACCUCAAUGAUUCUUCGGGCCCAAACCUCUGGCCUUCAGCCCCUAGGACCUCAAAUUCAACUCAACUUCUCUUGCGAGAAGAUGGGAGCUUGGUUUAUGGCAAUUGGACAAGUUUCGACUACCCCACUGAUACCCUCCUACCCAACCAACACUGCAACCCAAACAGAACACAGUUAACGAGCCGUCGAGCCCCAUACUCGUACGAGCCAGGAAUGUAUAGCCUCGAAGCUUGCGGAAAGCUCGUGCUUAACUCAUCAGAUUCGUAUUGGUCCACUGAUAGCGCAAUAGCGAACCUCACCACUGAUGGAGUCCUCAUGAAACAGAAUGGGGGCACGUUUGUUUUAUCAGACAUGGGAUCACCAAACAGACUAAGGAGACUCACGCUUGACCCAGAUGGAAACCUGCGGGUGCACAGCCUGGACCCCCGCUUGAACGGGUGGGUUGUGGCAUGGCAGGCCGUGCAAGAGGCAUGUAGCAUCAUCGGCACAUGUGGGCUCGGAUCAGUGUGCACCAAGCUCAAGCCAGGUCCAAGCCCACCGGCCUGCAUAUGCCCACCUGGGUUCGAGCCCGGAGGCCAAGGCUGCACUCGAAGGCUUCCUCUCGGAACCUCGGCUCGAACCACGUUUCUUAGACUUGAUCAUGUGAAUUUCACUGGAGGCUCAGAUCGAGCAUAUACAGGGGCUAAUAACUCAAUUGGGUGUGAGAAUACGUGCCAAACUGAUACUCGAUGCCUCGCUUUCAUUUAUAGGUUUGAUGGCAGCCGAUACUGUGUCCAUGUCCUUGACCGAUUGGUUUGGGGUGUUUGGUCCCAAGGACUCCCGACUGUUACCUUUCUGAAAGUCUCAGUGCAAGAGACUGAACAAUCGAACUUUACAGGACUGACGAACUCGCUCGACUUGGUUUGCCCACAGACAAUACGCUUGGCCUUACCACCCGGAAAAAAUCGAGCCAUGGCCAGAGAGAUAGCUAUAACUAGCACCCUCUUUGCCCUAGAGCUCUUAGCUGGGGCAGCAGCCUUUUGGGCUUUCUUGCGUAAGUUUUCAGAGUAUAGGAACAUGGCUCGAACACUUGGGCUCGAUCUGGUGCACGCUGGCGGGCCAAAGAGGUUCACAUAUGCUGAGCUUAGGGCCGCGACCCGCGACUUCUCUGAUGCGGUGGGUCAAGGUGGGUUCGGUGUUGUCUACAAAGGCCAAUUACCUGACCAACGAAUAGUUGCAGUGAAAAGGCUCAAGGAUGUUUUGAGGGGGGAGUCUGAUUUUUGGGCAGAGAUAACGAUUAUAGCGAGGAUGCACCAUCUCAACCUUGUGAGAAUUUGGGGGUUUUGUGUGGAGAAAGACGAGAGGCUUUUGGUUUAUGAGUAUGUGCCCAAUGGCUCAUUGGAUAAGUACCUCUUUCUUAAGAAUCGUGGAGACGAUGAUGAGAAGACGGAGAGACCGCAGUUAGAUUGGGAUAUGAGGUACCGCAUUGCACUUGGGGUGGCGCGGGCGAUUGCAUACUUACAUGAGGAGUGCCUUGAGUGGGUCCUCCAUUGUGAUAUCAAGCCCGAGAACAUCCUCCUAGAGGACGACUUUUGCCCCAAGGUAUCUGACUUUGGGCUGGCAAAGAAAGCCACGAAGAAGGACAUAGUGAGCAUGUCAGCCAUAAGGGGGACAAAAGGAUACCUAGCACCAGAGUGGGUGAGGUCUGGAACCAUCACGCCCAAGGCUGAUGUGUAUAGCUUCGGGAUGGUGUUGCUCGAGAUUGUGAGCGGGGUUCGCAACUUUGAGUUCACAAGGUCAUCCCUUGAGAGCUCUGAAUGGUAUUUCCCUAAGUGGGUAUAUGACAAGGCCUACAUAGAGAGGAGAAUUGAAGAUGUACUGGACCAACGACUGAUAAAAUUUUAUGACCCCAACUUACAUUUUGCCUUUGUGGACCGCAUGGUGAAAACAGCUAUGUGGUGCCUGCAAGAGAAGCAGGAGAUGAGGCCAUCCAUGGGAAAAGUUGCCAAGAUGCUUGAAGGGAAGGUGGAGAUCUUGGAACCUCCAAAACCUCUUAUUUUCUAUGAAGAUGAAACCGAUGCAUCUAGUGAACUUUGAAAGUGUUUCACUCCUCAACCUAUGAACGCGACCACCAUGCUCUCUACCUGAUAAUUUUGUAUUUGUCUCACUAUUGGCUGAUUCUAUCCAAACAUCAAGAGAUGCAAGCUUAUUCAGCAAACAAUUAGCUAACAUCUAUAUUCUUUUGUUUGAGGAAGUGUUAACUUUGCUAGCUAUAUUCUAUUUUAGUUCAUGUAAAAAUCGAAGAAAUUCUGUUCAA